AUGCAUGGGGCUUGGGGAGGCUCUUCUGAGGAGAGUAACCCCUUCUAUAACAACUACGCGACAGGACAAACAUACAUACAGAUAAAGCUGGCGAACCGGUGGUGGGCAGGGAACCCCGGCUUGGGGGGAAGAGGAGGAGGAGGCGGAGGCGUGGACUCCGCCGCCGCAACCCCUUCCCAUGGCCUCCACCUCAACCACUUCUCCAACCUCAGCCCCCACCGCCCCCACGAUCCCAACCCUAACCCUAAUCCUAACCCUAACCCUAACAACAACAACAACCCCUCCACCCCCAACAGCAGCUCCAGCAACACCAACCCGCACGGCGGCGGCGGGGGCGGGGGCGGGGAGGACGACGUGGACCACUCGCCGUCCUCCGGCGGCGCCCAGCAAGAUCCCGGGUCGUCGUCGUCGGGGCGCAGGCCCCGCGGGCGGCCGGCCGGGUCGAAGAACAAGCCGAAGCCCCCGAUCAUCAUCACCCGCGAGAGCCCCAACGCGCUGCGCUCCCACGUGCUGGAGAUCGCCAGCGGCGCCGACAUCAUGGACGCCGUCUCCGCCUUCGCCCGGCGGCGGCAGCACGGCGUGUCCGUGCUGAGCGGCACGGGCGUGGUGGCCAACGUCACCCUCCGCCAGCCCCCCUCCUCCGCCUCCUCCGCCUCGCCGCCCCCGCAGGCCUCCUCCGUGGUCUCCCUCCACGGCCGCUUCGAGAUCCUCUCCCUCUCCGGCGCCUUCCUCCCCACGCCCUCCCCCCCGGGCGCCACCGGCCUCACCGUCUACCUCGCCGGCGGCCAGGGCCAGGUCGUCGGCGGCGCCGUCGUCGGCGAGCUCGUCGCCUCCGGCCCCGUCAUGGUCGUCGCCGCCACCUUCACCAACGCCACCUACGAGCGCCUCCCCCUCCCCGACGACGUCGACGACCCCGACCCCUCCGCUGCGCCGCUGCCGCCGGCGGGAGCGCAGCCUGCCUCCUCGGACGCCCUGCAGCACCAGCACCAGCUGCAGCUGCAGCACAGCCCGCCGCUCGGGGCGGGGAACAACGGCGCCGCCGCGGGGCUCGGCGACCCCUCGCCCAUGCCCAUGCCCAUGCCCAUGCCCGUGCCGAUGCCCAUGUUCAACCUGCCCCCCAAUCUCAUCGCCAACGGCCAGCUGCCGCACGACGUGUUCGCCGCCUGGGCUUCCGCGGCGCCGCGGCCCCCGGGCUACUGAUCAUAUCGUACUCAAACCUUAAGUGUUCCUCCACUCCUUCCUCAAUUCCACUUUUUUCGUCAAUCUCCUGUCUCUUUUCUCUAUAAAUUAUGCUGUUUAAUUAUUUAGCCUUGUGAUUGUCUACCCCCUCUGUGCUAUUGAUGAUCAGCCGAAAGAA